AUGGCACAAUGCAAAGCCUUGACGGCUAAUGACACAAUGUGGGAUUUUUGUCCUUCAAUUGUCGCAGCAUACAUCUUUGUUGUGAUCUUCGGCCUGACAACGGUCACCCACGUAGGACAAGCGAUCAUAUACCGUAAAUUCUACUGCUGGGUGAUCUCCAUGUCUGGCUUCAUUCAAUUUUUGACCUACAUAUUCCGCAUUAUAAGUAUCAACAACCCAGCUAGCUAUGGAAAUUACGCUGCAUGGUUCGUUUUGAUUCUUAUUGCGCCGUUGUGGACCAAUGCCUUUGUCUAUAUGGUUAUGGGACGUAUGGUAUGGAACUUCACCGACGAUGCACGCAUCGGACGCGUACGACCUUGGUGGCUUGGAGUCUUCUUCGUCACUCUAGACAUUAUUGCAUUGAUUGUCCAGGUCUAUGGAGCGGCGCAGGCGGCUGGUAACCAUAUUUCAUAUGACACCCAAAUGACAGGUCUGCACAUCUACAUGGCCGGUGUUGGAAUCCAGCAGUUCUUCGUCUUAGUGUUCAUCGUCUUUGCAAUUAUCUUUCAUCACAAGGUUCUCCAGCAGAAGAGACUAGAUGCCAGCAAGGCUCUGUGGCUUCUCUAUGUGCUCUACACAUGUCUCGCUUUGGUUACAAUGCGUAUUAUCUUCCGUCUGUGUGAAUACUCGCAGGGUCUAUACAGCAGCCUUCCCCGUCAUGAAGCGUACCAGUACUGCCUUGACUCGCUGCCUAUGUUCUUGGCUCUUGUGAUGCUCAACGUCAUGCACCCAGGUCGUGUCAUGCCAGGAAAGAACAGUGACAUGCCGAGCCGAAAGGAGCGCAAGAACCUGCUCCAAAAAAACAAGACGGAAGUGUUGGAAAAUGAGAUGAGUCGCCCCGGAAAACCGGAAGCGGGCAUAUCGCCCGAAGACGCGCACGGGCUGCUUAGCCUGCAAGAUGUGGCGAAGAACGCCCAGCCUGUCUACGAUGUACAUCAACUGGUCGUGUAUGCGAAGGCUAUAGUCAGCCGCUUCUCGCAUCGCCCACGGAGACUUGUAUCUCGACCGUUGAGCAUUCCCUCGUUUUAUCAAUUUUCAUGUGAUCAGGAGCGCCGCUCGUUCCAAUUUUUCCUGGUGAAGACCGCCCCGCAGUUGGCCGGUGACUUCGAAUGUGCCUUUUGGGAACGCUUACUGCUGCAGUCUGCUCACCACGAACCCGCAAUUCGCCAUAUCACUGUCGCUUUAGGCUCGCUACAUGAGCACUUUGAGCGUGAUGCUGGUGCCCCGUUUCGCUCCAGCGUGCUGACCGUUCAUAGCUCCUUUGCCUUGCGCCAGUACUCGCGUGCCAUGCGCUGUCUGAUGUCGAUGCCAGAUGACUCACAGCCAUUGGACGUCUGCUUAAUAUCGUGUGUCCUCUUCGCAUGUUAUGAGGCGAUGCGCGGUCAUUACGGUUCGGCCAUAAUGCAUAUCACGAGCGGACUGAAGAUUCUCAGCGAACUUCGAAGUAAACAAUCCCGCAUUAAAUUAUCUGCAACAUCAAGCCCAGGACGCAUGCCGUACGUUUCAAUCGACGUUUUGUGCGGGCUAUUUUCACGGCUUCAAGCGCAGGUCACGGUGACAUCUUAUCAAUCCAGGUCAGAGAUGUCCAAUCUCUGGCCCGAGCUGACCAUCGACCUAGACCAACCCAUGGUUUUCAACUCUUUAGCCGACGCCCGUGAGAUACUCGAGAUCUACACUUAUAACUACCGUAAGCGUAGCACGGAACUGCUCCACGAACCCAUACAAACAGAUAUAAUCAUUCCCGCCGUAUUUGUCACCGUCAUCAAGCCCGAGGCUGUCGCACUACGUGACACCUCACUCUCCAUUCUAGAGCGUUGGUCUGCCGCCCUAGACGAAUUUUUGCAGCGUGGCGUCCCUCUUACAGAUCGCGAGCGCCGUGGUGCCAUGGUUCUCAAGCUCCGUAAGAUCGACGCCUUUGUCGCGCUAGACAUCCUCCAGCCGGGCGAUGCUGUGGUCGACGACCAUAUCCAGUGGGACCGGUACUGUGAUUAUUUUGAGCAUAUUGUGACACUCGGCGAGCUGAUCAACAAAUCUUAUCCUUCUUCGGCAUUCUCUUCCACAAAUUUACCUCCAUUAUCUUCAUCAUUGACGAGCUUUUCACUCGACCUCGGCAUUAUCGGGGCCAUGUUUAGUGUUGCUGCACGGUGUCGCGACCCGCUCAUCCGAAGGCGAGCCGUUAGCGUGCUCCGUGCUGCUGGCGUCCAAGAAGGGGUAUGGAAUAGUUACGUUGUGGCGGACUUUGCAGAGAAAUGGAUCGAGAUUGAAGAGGAAGGGCUUGACGUUGUGGAGUGCAGCGCAGAUAUCCCUGCUUCAGCGAGGCUAUCGUACUUUUUACCGGUGUUUGAUAUCGAUAAGUGCAGCGCUGUGGUUUACUUCAGCCACAUCUCCGGGAUGGACACGGGGAAUGUACGAAAAGAAGUGUUUCAGUGGUAA